UAUUUUGAAGUAACUUUACCAAAUUUUAAGUGAGAUUUUACUUCGUGAAUGCAUCUCAAUCCAAUGACAAAGUUUACUUGAUUAUAGUUUACCUUAAGAUAAUAAGUGAGCCUCUACUCUUUAUAUAUAGCUACUACAACCAUUUCUCUCUCACAAUUAGUUGCUUUCUUUGAUAUAUCACUUUCUUUUCCUUUAUAAAAUAUAAUAUUUCUAUGGAAACCAAAGAUGAUUAUACCCAAGAUGGCACUGUUGAUUUCCGUGGCAAACCUGCUGUUCCCUCUAAAACUGGCAAAUGGAAAGCCUGCGCUUUUCUCGUUGGUUAUGAAGCAUUUGAAAGAAUGGCUUUCUAUGGAGUAGCAUCAAACUUGGUGAAUUACCUUACAACACAGCUUCAUGAAGACACUGUUUCAUCAGUUAGGAAUGUGAAUACAUGGUCAGGAUCUGUUUGGAUUACACCAAUCCUUGGUGCUUACAUCGCUGAUUCUCACUUGGGUCGAUUCUGGACUUUCACCCUCUCAUCUCUCAUUUAUGUCUUGGGAAUGACACUUCUUACUAUAGCUGUAUCACUCAAGAGUUUGAAACCAACAUGCACAAAUGGUGUUUGUAACAAAGCCUCAACAUCACAAGUUGCAUUUUUCUACAUAGCGCUUUACACUAUGGCAAUUGGAGCAGGUGGGACAAAACCAAAUAUAUCAACUUUUGGUGCCGACCAAUUUGAUGAUUUUAAUCCUCGUGAGAAAGAGUUAAAGGCUUCUUUCUUUAACUGGUGGAUGUUUACCUCGUUUUUAGGUGCCUUAAUUGCAACUUUAGGCCUUGUAUACAUUCAAGAGAAUUUAGGAUGGGGACUUGGGUAUGGUAUUCCUACUGCUGGUUUAUUAUUGUCCUUGGUUAUUUUCUAUAUAGGGACGCCGAUUUAUCGGCAUAAAGUUAGGACUACGAAAAGUCCUGCUAGGGACAUAAUUCGCGUCCUUAUUGCUGCCAUUAAGAAUAGAAAACUUCAACUUCCAAGUAACCCUUCGGAUCUGCAUGAGUAUGAGAUGGAAGGUAAUGUUGGCAGGGGAAAACGGCAAGUCUAUCACACUCCAACUUUGAGGUUUUUGGACAAGGCUGCUAUUAAAAAAGAUCCUACUACAGGUUCAUCAAGAGUACCAAUGACAGUAAACCAAGUAGAAGGAGCAAAGCUAAUCUUUGGUAUGCUUCUAAUAUGGCUAGUAACACUGAUUCCAAGCACCAUUUGGGCACAAAUCAACACUCUUUUUGUGAAACAAGGCACCACCUUAGACAGAAACCUUGGUCCUGAUUUCAAAAUUCCAGCAGCAUCUCUUGGUAGCUUUGUAACCCUCUCCAUGUUGCUCUCAGUGCCAAUGUACGACCGACUUUUCGUUCCGUUCAUGCGCCAGAGAACCGGCCACCCCAGAGGAAUCACAUUGCUUCAAAGACUUGGAAUUGGAUUUUCAAUCCAAAUCAUAGCAAUUGCAAUUGCUUAUGCAGUUGAAGUUAGAAGAAUUCAUGUCAUAAAAGCGAAUCACAUUUUGGGUCCUAAAGAUAUUGUCCCGAUGAGUAUAUUUUGGCUGUUACCGCAAUAUGUUCUUAUUGGUAUAGCAGAUGUUUUCAAUGCUAUUGGAUUGUUGGAAUUUUUCUAUGAUCAAUCCCCGGAAGAUAUGCAGAGUCUUGGAACAACUUUCUUCACAAGUGGAAUUGGUGUUGGGAAUUUCUUGAACAGCUUUUUGGUGACAAUCACUGAUAAGAUAACAGGAAGAGGGUAUAGAAAAAGUUGGAUAGCUGAUAACUUGAAUGACUCUCACUUGGAUUACUAUUAUGGGUUUCUUUUGAUCAUGUCAAGUGUUAAUUUAUUGGUGUUUCUUUGGGUUUCAAGUAGGUACAUUUAUAAGAAGGAGUCGACAAGGGUCAAAGAGGCACUUUGCGUUCAAAUGGAGGUUAACCCGACUUUGGAUGCAUCUCUUGGUUUACAAGUAUGAAAACUGAGAAAUGAUCCUAUAGCCGCUGCGCGGUGCAGUGCAGUGGGAAACGUUCGAUCCGAUUAGAGAAACAGCGCCCGCGGCCCAUAAGUGCACCUUGCAACAGUGGUGAGGAAUCUAAAUCCAAGAAAAGUCUAAUUAAGUAGGUAGGGCAAGUGAAAUAUAAAGUAUCCUCAUUACACCAGGUGUGAUCUUUUGUAAAUUAUGUGUGGAAUAUUAGUUUAUGUUUCUUGCUUUUGCCAAUAUAAUGUCAUGUGUAAAUACAAUGUUUCAAUCUCUUUUUAUUUAUGGAAUAAGAUAUAUUUUAAAUAA